ACAAUACAAAUCUUGCAAAUUUAUUAUAUCUACGUGAACACGAAGUAUGCUAAAAGAUGCAUCCGCGAUUGCAACUGAUUUGUUUUGUUUAAACGUCUUCAAAACAAAUUGAAAGCUGUUGAAGCCGCGAAUCCUGCCUCCCUCCCCACCGUCUAUUGUCGGUUGCUAGUUCUCCCCACCAACGAUUGUCAUUUUUAAUUUGUGUAUUGCCACGCACGAUUAUUCUGUCGUUAUUAUUAUUCUGUUACUUAAGCAGUGCAGUAAGUGCAGCAUUCAAGUGCUUAAAAAUGUCAGGACAGCAAAAAAAAGCGAAAAAGAAAGAAAAGGAGGAAAUGGAGAUUGACAGAAAUGUUGAGGAAGGAAUAGAUGAAGAGGCAUUACUGGGCGAGGAGGAGGAAGAAGAAGAAGAGGUGGAGAAGAAAGAGGAGAAAAAAAAGAAAGAAAGGACGAAGAGAGGAGGAAAAGAUCUCGAGGAAAGAAACAAAAUAUAUGGAAAACAAGGUAGGCGAGACCAAAGAGGCGGAAUAAGCGCAAGAGGCGCAAUAAGAGGCGCAAGAGGCGGAAGAAAUGAAAGAGGAGGAAGAGACAAUUGGAGAGGAAGAGGCAAUUGGCGAGGAAGAGGCGGGUGGAAACGAAGAUGGAAGGGAGGCUGGAGAAGAGAAUGGAGAGGAGGAUGGAGAGGAGGAUCGAGAGAAGGAUGGAGAAAUGGAUUUGGACGCGGAUGGGUGGGAAAAAGGGGAUCAACAUUUGUUUUUAAUAUUCAAGGUUAAAAUAAUAAAUUAAUUAGUAAAACCUGAAAUAUAUACAAAAAAGCUA